GUGCGUGUGAUGACCUCAGCCCGUCUACCCGAGGUAAACAACGCUGAGGCUAGUUCUCAGCGACUCUGAGCGAUGGGAAAGACAACAGGCGUCUUCGAGGAUUUAUGGAUGUGAUCAUAUCUAGGAAAUCUUCUACCACACUCCAUCUCUAGAUCUGGAUCUUCCUUCUUCUCGCCAUGUCGUCCCGUGUGUUGCUGCGGCAGCAGCUGAUGCGAGAACAAGCCCAGGAGCAGGAGCGACGUGAGGCCCAGCAGCAGGCCUCCGCCUCUCAGCUUCGGGUGUCUGAGUCCACUCCAGCCAUCUCUGUCACGAUGCCCCCAAAUGCUCCCCGUCCCCCUCCAGCACAGGUGCCUGUGGAAGUGUUGAAAGUGCAGACUCACUUGGAGAACCCUACAAAGUACCACAUCCAGCAGGCCCAGAGGCAGCAGGUGAAGCAGUAUCUCUCCACCACUCUGGGCAACAAGGCAGUCACUCAGACAAUGGGUGUAGUGCCACAGUCCAGUUCUGCACCUGAAGUUGCCCCUACUGCCAGCAGUGCCCCCAACAGUCCCAUGGCUCUGCUAAACAUCGGCUCCAACAAGGAGGAAAUUGACGAUGUGAUUGACGACAUCAUUAGUCUUGAAUCCAGUUUCAAUGACGAUAUCAUUACAUUGAUUGACUCGGGUCUUCAGCUUCCAAGCACGCUCCCAGGAAACCUGCUGGAUGUAUACCAUAGCCCAGGAAUGGCAGCACCUACUCUCACUGUCAGCAAUUCCUGCCCUGCCGAUCUUCCACAAAUUAAAAGGGAAAUUACAGAUUCAGAUGCCAAAGCAAUGUUGAAGGAAAGGCAGAAGAAGGACAACCACAACCUCAUUGAGAGGCGGCGUCGAUUCAACAUCAACGACCGUAUAAAGGAGCUGGGUACUCUGAUACCCAAGUCAAGUGAUCCAGAGAUGCGCUGGAACAAAGGCACCAUUCUGAAAGCGUCUGUAGAUUACAUCAGGAAGUUACAGAAGGAGCAGCAGAGAGUGAAGGACAUUGAGGUUCGACAGAAGAAGCUGGAGCAUACCAACCACAGUUUACUGCUGCGAAUCCAGGAGCUGGAAAUGCAGGCACGGCUUCAUGGCGUCCAACCUGACCCCUCUCUGCUGCAGCAGCACGCGGUCCCACAGAGCGGCCCAUCUCUGCCCUCCAAUACGGGGGGAGCUUCCAACCACAACCUGCUCGCUCUGGGAGCCAUGGGACAGCCUCUGCCAGCCUCCUUCCUUUCUCCACCUUCCUCUGACUCUCCUGCGGGAGUCACCCUGAGCAGCCCCCUGGACUUGGGCAGUCUGAGCUUUGCGGAGCUCGAUGACACCUCGGCGUCGGCGCUCUACCCCGACGUCGGCUUGGGAGACAUUCUCAUGGACGAAGGGUGCGCCUUGUCUCCAGAGGGAGUGGCUGAGCCGCUCUUUUCUCCUUUGUCACCAGGUGCCUCCAAAACCAGCAGCCGCAGGAGCAGCCUUGAAAUGGACGAGGACUUGUGAUGAGCCCUGUGUGGGGGUCAGUGACUGUUUAAAGGGGCAAGGAAGUGUCUGUCUUUAGAAGAAGAUUCUAUUUGUUUGACUAUAGAAAUGGAGUUAAAUAAAAAAUAGUAGUUAACAAAAGUAGAUCAACAUGAACAUUAAGGUUGCAUCUUUUUUAUUUUGCCAUACGAAGCUAAAUAUUACAGUUUUUUUGGGGGGUUGCUCAGAUAAUUCUGUCUGGGUUUAUAAAUGUAAUUUUAUUAACAUGGCGUAUUGUGUAAUUGGGUAUGGACUUAGCUGCAAGAAUGCACACAUUCUUGAAUAGUUUUUUAAGAUUUAAGAGGGAUCUAAAGUGUGCUUGAAUUUAUGAUGCGCUUGUUUAUAGGGAAGAAAGCUGUGAGGUUUCUUUUCCACUACAGUGGCAUAACAAAGUUAUUAAGAUUUUUAUACAUCUAUAUAGUUUUUUGUUUGUUCAACUGACUGGAAUCAGGGUUUGUUCAAAGUAUGCAUGCUAAUUCAUGUUGGGUUAUUUUCACCAGCAGCUACAGAAGGGAUCUUUGUAAAGUAAAUUGGCAACAUGUGAAAUAUUUCCUGCAUAUUGUAAAUAAGAUUAUUUUAUUUUGAUCAAUUUUAUUGCACCUUAUGUAUUGCAGUCUAUGCAUUUUACGAGAGCUUUGGUCUGACGGCUAAUACCCAGGUUGCAUGUAUUUGUUAUAGACAUUAAGAGCAGUGGGGGAAAUCACUUGCUGCUGUAGCUAGUUAGCCAAAGCAGGACUUUUUCCAGAGUAGCUACGAUUUACAAAUCAACAUUUUAUUUUUGAUUAUAUUCACUUGCAAGACAUUUAUCUUUUUGUAGUAGUACUGCAGUUCAUCAACAUGUUUUGAUACCUGAACAGUUAGUAAGGUUUUUUCUCCUGGCUAAUAUCUGUGUUUUCAGUGAUCGUCUCCAUUAACCCCUUCGCUCACAGAUUUUUCUGGUUAACAUAACGUCUGCCAACGUUGUGGCAUUUUGAUGAUCAGAUGCGAGCGUCUAUAAUAACGCUCUUGGCAAUGGUAGGAUGGAUUCUGUAGGUUUGAUCUUUUUAAAACAACCUCUAGCGUAAAGUGUUAAUGUUUGUCGUGUGAAAUCUACAAAAUAGCCACAAACUUUAGGAAGGCAUUUUACAUUGCCCGCUGCCUCACACCACUUUAUGUACAAUGUUAAUGAAUGAGUGUUGCGUGAAAAGGUUUUUUGCAUAUGUUUGUUGUUGUUUUUUUUUUUACUGUAUUGUCUUUACUUUUCGAAAACCCUAAAACGUAUUGAUACACCCAUACUUUUAACUAGUCUUUGAGCUGGUGUAAUUAAAACUAAUUCGCCAAGAACAUCAGAACUUUAGGAACUAAGCAAGACCUUAAUGUGUGCUCUUUUUUGCAUUUUCAACUCUUUUGUUUUAGUGUGAAAAUCAGCUCCACUUUAUAAUUCAAUGUUGUUAUUUGUGUUAAUUUGCAAGUAUCUAUGAUCAGCUGUCACUGCUCAAACUUGAUCCCAUCCACAAUAACACACCAUGACAGACUGUUAUAUCCUGACAUAUGUAGUUGAGUGCUAACACUGACUGUUAACCUUACACCUAAUAUUUGUGUCUUGUCCCUACAACUUGGCUUUUAGGAAGGAUUAACAAAUAAAUAAUUCCCAUUGGUU